AUGGAUCUUAUAAAUUAAAAAAUCAAUAUUUGCAUUUUUAUUUUCUUCAUUUACUAAUUCUUAAAUAAUCAGCAUGAAUAUAGAGCAUUGGAUCCGUAAUCAUAGAGGAAAUCCAAAUAAUUAACACUCGACUAGGUAUUAGUCCUCUAAACACCAAUAAAUAAUUCUAUCUAUGAAUUAUCGCAUGGAAUUGAUAUCAACUUUGGAUAAAAAGAAUUAUUAGACCACAUCAAUGAAGGAGUCAUGAUGGCCAAAUUGCUAUCUCCUGACGACAAAAUCAGCAACUUAAUUCAGCUGCUUAAGCGAUGUUCUGCAAGGAGAAUGAUGAAUUGCCUUUAUUUUCUAGAUUAACUGGAAUGUGAAAUACCAAUGGAAUCAUGCUAAUCACAAUAAAAUUAUGCAAGCACUUCACCACCUCAUUAGGAUAAAUCAGAUUAUCAAAAGAAAUUAUUUGUAUCUUAAUCUAAUUUUGGAUUUAGUUUAUAAGAGAAGAAAUCAUUUUCACCUAAUUCCAAAAUCGCAUUUUUCUAAUAGCAAUAAAAUUCUGAUAGUGUAGUUCAAGUAAAUAAAUCGAAUAUUUCUUAGUGCAAGACUGUGUAUUAACAUUUGCUUUAAUUCGCAAGGUCAAACAAAAAUUGUGUUGAAAACGAAGCAUAAUGUGAAUCUCUGAAAUUGUGUUGUACAUUUGAAGAUAAUGGAAAACAAAAGUCAAUAGAGUUUAUUUGUUUAUUAGGUUUAGGCAAGUAGAUUAUUAUAAUUACUCGAGAUAUAAUUUAUUUGAAUUAAUUAAAGGAGUUACUUUAAGUGAAUCAGUAAAAAUCUAAUAUGCUCAAUUAUGUUAGCCAUGAAUUUAGAACCCCCUUGAAUUGCAUUAUCAAUAUUUUGUCAAGUGUUUUAGACAAGGUUUAGGUCAAUUAAGAUCAAUUGUUACAUAUAGCUUUGGAAAGUUCACAGCAUCUUUUGAAUCUGGCAAAUGAUUUACUUGAUUUAGCCUAGAUAAAGAAUAAUGUAUUUAAUUUAUCAACUGAACAAUUCAAUGUCUGUCUAUUAGCACAGGUGUGUUUAAAUUCAUUCCAAAUUUAAGCUGAUGCCUAAAAUGUGAAGAUAUCCUUAGCAGCAACUUCAGAUUCAUUAUUUAUUAAAUCAGAUAAGAAUAGAAUAAAAUAAAUUUUAAUAAAUUUGAUUGGGAAUGCUCUCAAAUUUACAUAUGAUGGUAAAAUUGAAAUAGUAUUGAGACAAUACGAUUAAUUUAUUGAUAUUGGUGUUAGAGACACAGGUAUUGGAAUAUCUUAGGAAAACAUUAGUAAACUAUUCAAGGCUUUUGGUAAAGUUGACAAUGAUAAGUCCAAAUCAAUGAAUUAAUAGGGAGUUGGAUUAGGAUUACUUAUUAGUAAUAAGAUUGCCAAGCAAUUAAGUGCUGACAAUCAAGGAAUCAAGGUUUAAUCAACUGAAAUGAAAUAUGAGAAUCAUGGUUCAUAUUUCUACUUUACUGUUAAGAUGGAAUCUCAUAGGCAACAUAAGUUAUUAAGUUAUAAGCCUCCAUAAAAAUAAAUCAAUUUAUCAUCUCCAUUUAUCCCGUCAGAAGGAACAUAAAAGAAAAAAUCAUUUACGUAUACAAGCAUUGAGUAAAGAUUAAGUCCUGAGAGAAUCAAAGAAACUAAAUGUUUCCAUAUUUUGAUAGUUGAUGAUAAUGUUUUUAAUUUAGCUGUAUUAGGGAUGAUGAUUAAUGAAUAUUUUCAAAAUGAAAUCUAUUUACAAUUAUCAAUAGAGAAGGCAAACAAUGGAACCCAAGCAGUUGGUUUGGCUUUUUAUAAAUGUAAUGAAAAUUGCUAAGGUUUUUCAUUAAUAUUUAUGGAUAUGGAAAUGCCAGGAUUAAAUGGAGUAGAUGCAUCAAAGAUUAUCUUAGCAAAAAAUAAUUAAUAGAGAAUCAUAAUUCUAACUGGCAAUAACUUAAGUCAAUAAGAAAUUAAAGAAUUAAAAUCAAUCGGAAUAUUCGAUUACAUAAUUAAGCCUAUACAAAAAUCUAAGUUACAAAGUAUUCUUGAACAAUUUGUUACAGAUUGA